CUCCCUACCCAGGGACCGCUGCCCGUUACGCCGAGCAACUGUCCACUACGGGACAUCUCGCUCGAGACUUACCGUCAGCGCGCCGAUCGCAUACGCCUUGCGAGGAGGCGGCCACCCCUCCCCGCACAGAGGCCCACUCGACUCAUCAAGACGGUCGUUCACGGUCCCCCAGCCUCCGCGAGCUAGUCGCCCGGUCCAAGUGCGAGACGACGCGCACCGCGUUGCGAAUGGGCGGCGUCUUGCCCCUUGACCCAUCCGGGGUACCCGGAGUACGGUGCGCGACCUCGACCGUACAGCGCUUUCUGCGUGCAUUACCGUCCAAGAGGCGGCCCGCGCAAGCAUAUAAACGUGCCGAUGAACUGUUGGCGAAAUGCCUCUUCCCGCGAUCCCGCGACGCGUCCGAGUUCCCGUCCGCCCAAUUACGCCCAGCCGUGGUUGUCUGACCGCACCGGGGCGCGUUGGCCGUCUCCCUGCGCCGCGCGCUAUUACGGGUCUACCGGAUGCCACACACGCCGCAUAUGCCUCCGCGCGAUACCAAGACGAUCCGUUGUGAGUGUUUCCGCACCGCUUGUUUUGGCUGAGCCCGAAGCUGACCGAGGAGCGAUGAUGUGCAGCGCGGAACGCCGAUGGUCGCUCCCUCUACGCCGGAACCUCAUCGCCUUACGGGACAUGGAGGAGAAGGCGUUACACAGUGGCGCCCUUCCGGGCAUGCGGGUCGGUGCGCGAUUGCGACCGUCUGGCCCUCGCGUGAGUCCGCUACCUAGUGCACUGGCCGUGUGCGAGCGUAGGCUGACCUUGCUUCUUGGCGAUAUUACAGGCCCUAGCGCAGGUGUCGG